CCCGGCGCGGCGGGCUCGGCUCGAGCCGACCCCGCGGAGCAGCAGCGACGGCGGCGGGACUCGCGGCACCUUCGCGGGCGAAGCUGCUCACUUCCAGGCGCGACUGUUAAACAACACGCCUGCCAAGUGGGGCCCCGGCCUGACUGUUCCCAUUAUCCCAAACGCGCUGGUGGUGCAGGCAGCGAGGCCACCUGGGUGGUGACCGUGCUUUCUUAAAUGAAGCCAAGCGACCCCCCCCCCCACCUCCCCGCCACCCCCAGACCUCAGUUUUCAUCCUGGGGCUCGGGUCGUGGUGUUGAGGGGGCCCGGCGUGCCGGUGAUUUCUUUACCACUGCUGUAAAACGUGAGAAAUUAAAAUAGCCCAGGGAGGCCCCCGAGGAUCCGUGUAUCAAGUGUAGUUCCAGGCAAUAAAACACUACAGUGGGGGAAAAUCUAUAUGCAAAACUACGUUUUCAGGUGCUGGGUUUAUUUUCCCAAGAAAAGCGGUAAUGAGCCUUGGGGGUCCGGGGGCGGCGGAUUGCAAGUCGAUCUUAAAAUGAAUGGACACUGCAAAACCCCUCAAGGGGCUUAUUCCAGUGCACUGCGAGGCUCCUGGGCGGGUUCAAGUCCCCGGUGUCGCUGGUUGUUUGGAGAAAGCACACCUGAUUAGCCCAUGAGGAGUCAGGUAGAGGAAAAACCUGUUGCAUAACCUCGUUUGCUGUGAGGUUUGCUGUGCCGGCCCCUUGAACUAAGGGGAAGUGAGUUAAGAUGCGGGGUUUUAAAAACACGGUGAAGUUCUUAGUUACCCAGGGGCCUGGCUGCCACUUGGCUUUGAAAGAUUAUAGGUAAAUACUCUGCUCGUACCGAACCUAUCCAACCUGUUCAGAGAAUGACCAGGCUUCCAGUCCAGGGUAAAGCUGUUGGAGCAAGGGAGCAAAGGUAAAGAAUGAGGUAAUGCACUGGCAGCCCCAAAGCAUCUUUUGUUGUGGAGUGGUUAUUGCAGUCAUCUCUUUAUGAAUCAAGUGUGAGGGGCUGCUUUGUGGAAGGAGUCCUUUGCAAGAGCACAUCAACAGGAAAGAGAAAGAGACAUUCACUUGGAGGGCUCUUGCUGAAAAUGGGUUUAACUCUCCUUUUGCCAAUCACCACCAGUCUGACCUCACACAUUUGUAGUACAAUGGAGUGGCUCAGCCUUUGAGCACACCACCAUUACAUCAUCGUGGCAAAUUAAAGAAGGAGGUGGAAAAGCGGACUUAUUGUUGUCAUGGCCCAUGAGAUGAUUGUAACUCAAAUACUUACUGAGAAGUUGGUGGCUCUCCUGGAAAGUGGAACGGAAAAAGUGCUGCUAAUUGAUAGCCGGCCAUUUGUGGAGUACAAUACAUCCCACAUUUUGGAAGCCAUUAAUAUCAACUGCUCCAAGCUUAUGAAGCGAAGAUUGCAACAGGACAAAGUGUUAAUUACAGAGCUCAUCCAGCACUCUGCAAAACAUAAGGUUGACAUUGAUUGUAGUCAGAAGGUGGUUGUGUAUGAUCAAAGCUCCCAAGAUGUUACCACUCUGUCUUCAGACUGUUUUCUCACUGUACUUCUGGGUAAACUGGAGAAGAGCUUCAACUCGGUUCACCUGCUUGCAGGUGGGUUUGCUGAGUUCUCUCGUUGUUUCCCUGGCCUCUGUGAAGGAAAAUCCACUCUAGUCCCUACCUGCAUUUCUCAGCCUUGCUUACCUGUUGCCAACAUUGGGCCAACUCGAAUUCUUCCCAAUCUUUAUCUUGGCUGCCAGCGAGAUGUCCUCAACAAGGAGCUCAUGCAACAGAAUGGCAUUGGUUAUGUGUUAAAUGCCAGCAAUACCUGUCCAAAGCCUGACUUUAUCCCUGAUUCUCAUUUCCUGCGAGUACCUGUGAAUGAUAGCUUCUGUGAGAAAAUUUUGCCCUGGCUGGACAAAUCUGUAGAUUUCAUUGAGAAAGCAAAAGCCUCCAAUGGAUGUGUCCUAGUGCACUGUUUGGCUGGGAUCUCGCGCUCUGCCACCAUUGCCAUAGCCUACAUCAUGAAGAGGAUGGAUAUGUCUCUGGAUGAAGCUUACAGAUUUGUGAAAGAGAAAAGACCUACUAUCUCUCCAAACUUCAAUUUUCUGGGCCAACUCCUGGACUAUGAGAAGAAGAUUAAGACCCAGCCUGGCGCGUCGGGGCCCAAGAGCAAACUGAAGCUGCUGCACGUAGAGAAGCCACGUGAGCCUGUCCCUGCAGCCUCAGGGGGUGGGCAGAACAGCGAGGUGUCCCUCGGUCCGCCCUGCGCCCACUCUGCUACCUCAGAGGCAGCAGGGCCGAGGCCUGUGCAGCCGCCCAGUGCGCCUGGCCUGCAGCCAGCGCUGCCGCUGCCGGAGGACAGCUCGCUGGCGCAGGCGCUCAAUGGGCUGCACCUGUCCUCGGACAAGCUGGAAGACAGCAGCAAGCUCAAGCGGUCCUUCUCUCUGGACAUCAAGUCAGUGUCGUGCUCAGCCAGCAUGGCCGCAUCUUUGCACGGCUUCUCCUCGUCCGAAGACGCUCUGGAGUACUUUAAGCCUUCCACGGCGCUGGAUGGGACCAGCAAGCUCUGCCAGUUCUCCCCCGUGCAGGAAGUAUCAGAGCAGACUCCAGAAAGCAGCCCGGAUACAGAGCAGGCCAGCGUCCCCAAGAAGCCUCAGCCUCCCAGGCCCUCGGAGAGCCAGAGCAAGCGGCUGCACUCGCUGAGAAGCAGCACGAGCGGCGCGCCCCAGAGGUCCUUCCUGUCUCCCCUGCAUCGCAGCGGGAGUGUGGAGGACAAUUACCACACCAACUUCCUCUUCGGCCUCUCCACCAGCCAGCAACACCUCGCCAAGUCUGCUGCGGGGCUGGGCCUCAAGGGCUGGCACUCCGACAUCUUGGCGCCCCAGACUUCUGCCCCUUCCCUGACCAACAGCUGGUAUUUCGCUGCGGAGUCCUCUCACUUCUACUCGGCCUCGGCCAUCUACGGAGGCAGUGCCAGUUACUCUGCCUACAGCUGUAGCCAGCUGCCCACGGGCAGUGACCAGGUCUACUCUGUGCGGAGGCGGCAGAAGCCAAGUGACAGAGUGGACUCACGGCGGAGCUGGCACGAAGAGAGCCCCUUUGAAAAGCAGUUUAAGCGCAGAAGCUGCCAGAUGGAAUUCGGAGAGAGCAUCAUGUCAGAGAACAGGUCGCGGGAAGAACUGGGCAAAGUGGGCAGCCAGUCUAGCUUUUCCGGCAGCAUGGAAAUCAUCGAGGUCUCCUGAGUAGACAGACCCUCGUGACCGCUAUUGACAAUUUUGUCUUGUUCACAGAAAUUCCCUGUAAAUCUGAAAUAUAUAUAUAUGUACAUACAUAUAUAUUUUUGGAAAAUGGAGCUAUGGUGUAAAAGCAAACAGUGGAUCAGCACAGUUGUUCUCUUAACAUCUGCAAGUGUGAGAUCAGCUCAUGUUUCUCCCGACAAAAGUGGAAGGGCAGAUGUUAGAAUUUCCCCUGGACAGAGGAAAGUUUUAUUCAAUGACUUGUACAUCCUCGUUCUUUUUGGUGUUAGAAGACAAAAAUCCCCUGCUGUUUUCACAUCGUGCUAGAGCGAUCUCAGACACUUUGUCUAGUCUCUUCCCUUCCCUAGUGCACCUUAGCGCUGACUGAGCCAGCUUGUGGGUCGGGUGGGUAGACCUCUUAGGGACAGAACCUAGUGGUAAAUCCAAGAGAAAUGGUCUCAUCCAAACCUGAUUCACAAAUCCAAACUCACCUGACAGCCGAGAGGUGAGCAUCACUCUGCUGGACAGACCAUUAGGGGCCUUGCCAAGACUUACUUUAGAACAAACCCAGUACCUCAGACAGCAGUGUCGGGGCGUGCACCACUACCAGGUCUGGUGGCCUGUUUCCAGGUGUUGUGAAGAGCUAGGGAGCUAGUCACUCUGCAGACCAGUUCAAACUGUCUGUGCACAAAAUCCCGGUGGGGCCUGGGUGGAGGAAGUUAACUUUCGUUUUCUCCUCAACUCCAUUGAGGGAGAGAAGGCAACCCAUCUAGGAUUCAGCUCAGCCAGCGGUCUGGCAGCGUAAUGAUUCAAGCUAGGCUGGGAGGCUAAGCAAGUCUACCUCCCUCGAUAAAUGAAAGAACUGUGUAAAAUGGAUUGUUGAUCCUUUAAAUAAAGAGUAACUUGGUUUAA